AUGGCUCCAAGAGUCGUCUUGAUCACGGGUGCCAACACUGGCAUUGGUUUUCAGAUUGUGAGGUCACUCUGCAGCUCUGAUCAAGCUUACGACAUCAUCGUUGGUGGGCGAUCGCUGUCCAAGGCUGAGGAUGCCAUCAGCUCCGCUGUUAAGGAGUUCCCCUCCUCUCGCAGUAAGCUUUUUCCAAUUCAGGUCGACAUUGAGCAGGAUGACUCUAUCAAACACGCGUUCAACGAGGUGCAGUCUAAGUUCGGAAAGCUUGAUGCUUUGGUAAACAAUGCUGGCGCGCAGCUCGAAGCGCAGUUUGCCGCUGGUAAGCUGACGGAGCGCGACAUUUGGAACCAGUCAUGGAAUAUCAACACCGUGGGGGCGCAAGUAAUGACCUCAAGCUUCAUACCUCUCCUGCUCCAGACUCCUGACCCGCGCCUGCUGUUCAUCACGUCCAACGCGUCCACUCUCGCUGGAACCGAGAACCUUGCUCUACCCAUUGACCGCUCUCCUCCUAAAGGGUGGCCGAAACGCGGUUUCAGUAUUGCGGCAUACCGCAGUGCCAAAAGCGGCAUGAACAUGAUGAUGCGUGAAUGGCACCGCACGCUGAAGGAAGACGGUGUGAAAGUAUGGUGUCUUGCUCCAGGUUUCUCGGCUACGGGCCUUGGUGGGAAUCCGGAGGCCUCAAAGAAAAUGGGAGCUGGUGAUCCGGCGGUGGCGGGCCCUUUCAUCAGGAGUGUUUUGGAGGGUGAAAGGGAUGGUGACGUUGGUAAGGUCAUUACGAAGGAUGGUGUGCAGGCUUGGUGA